AUGUUUAAAUCGAUGUUAUUCAGACCUUUCUCGGGUCAAUUACUCGCUAGAUCUUUUGGUACCUCACCUGUCACUCAAUUCCAAGCAAGUCUCGUUACCCUCAAAACUCAAACUCAAUACAAACAACUUUUGAAGAAAGAGAAAGAAAUCUACAAGAAAAUAAAACAAGAUAUUGCUAAAGUUGAAGCCAAAUUAAAGACUCAAAAGAAGAAAGAAAAGUUGAAAGAACAAACUGCUAAGGAUAAAUUGAAACAUAAGAAAUUAUUAGAUAAAGCCUUUAAAAGUUAUAGUAGAUUAUCAGGUAUGAAUGUGUUUGUUAAAGAAUUCAUAUCUCAAGGUAAAGGGCCAUUAUCUGAAGCUUCUAAAAACUGGUCAUAUUUGACUGAAGGUGAAAAAGAAUCUUAUAACGAAAAAGCUAAUGAUUAUAAUGAAGCACAAUUACAAAUCUAUAAACCUAAACCAAAAGGUAUUGCUUCAGGGGUUUCAGCUUUUGUUAAAGAAAAUUAUGUUUAUGACGGUAGACCAUCAACUGAAAUCAUUAAAGAUUUAUCAGCAGCUUUUAAGAAUUUACCACCUUCAGAAAAAUCUAAAUACUUAGCUUCUGAAGAAGAUAAGAAGAAACAUCAAGAAGAUUUAAAACAAUGGAAAUUAGAAAGAGUCGAUUUGUAUAAUAAAGAACAUGGUACUAACUUAACUUUAGAUUUUGGUAAAUAG